AUGGACUUCACUUGGGAUUCACUGAGCACAUCCAAAGCUUUGGUGUUACUUCUACUGCACUAUUCUAUCAUUGUGGUGGCCUACCGCUUAUUUUUUUCACCGCUGAGAAACAUUCCCGGCCCGAAACUUGCCGCAAUAACAUUUUUGUACGAAUUCUACUACGAUGCCAUCUGUCGUGGGCGCUUUCUGUGGAAAAUCCAGGACUUGCAUGCCAAGUAUGGUCCCAUAGUCAGGAUCAACCCUCGCGAAGUUCAUAUCAACGACAUCACAUUUUACGACGAGAUCUACGCCAGUGGACCACAUCGACCUCGGAAUAAGAUUCGGUUCAUGGCCACCCAGGAUGAGAGCAUGUUUGACACCUAUAGCGCCGAAAGACAUCGGAUUCGCAGAUCGGCGCUGUCUGGAUCAUUCUCUAAGCAAUCAAUCCGUGCUCUGGAACCUCUCAUCGUUCAGACUAUCAAUCAAUUGGCUGGUCGAAUGAGUGGCCUUGCUGAUUCUGGGGCGGUCAUGGACUUCAAAGAGCUCUAUAGUGGCCUCACCAUGGACGUCAUCGGCCAGUACUGUUUCGGCGAGAGCAUGGACAACCUCAAACAAGACAAGUUCGGCAAAGAGUUUCUUGACUUUUUCCAUGAGAUGCCGCAAGGUCACCCCAUUGGCCGCAUGUUUCCUUGGCUCUUCGACUUGAUCCAGAAAAUUCCCAUCAGUGUCCUAGCAAAGAUCGAUCCUAAGCUUCAGCCUCUUGCAGACUAUGACAAGAAGAUCUCUGGGCAGAUCACGGAGGUCCUUGCCAAAGACAAGCCCGAUACGAUACGAACAGUUUUCCAUGAGAUGAGAGACAGCAAACAACUGCCGGAGUCUGACAAGACUCUCGAGCGCUUUAAAGCCGAAGCGGCGAUCUUUUUAGGUGCCGGCACGGAAACCACUGCCGCGGCCUUGACGGUCUUGAGCUAUUAUCUCACGGAGAACCCGGCUAUGCUUAAGACCCUCCGAGCUGAGCUCAAGUCUGUGAGCCCACCUUUCACUGUGGCAAAAUUGGAGCCUCUCCCAUAUCUGACUGGUGUCAUACAAGAGGGCAUAAGACUGUCUUAUGGAGUACCGGGUCGUCUUCCGCGGUAUGCUCCUACCGAAGACCUAAUGUACUCUGGCUACAGGCUACCGCGAGGUACCGUUAUGAGCUCUUCCUCAUACCUUCUUCAUACGAACAAAGCGCACUGGAACAACGCAGACCAAUUCAACCCCCAACGUUGGAUCGAUGAUAAAACGAGGCUCAUGCGCAAUUUCGUGCCUUUUGCGCGAGGCAGCCGGCAAUGUAUUGGUGUGAACCUUGCCUAUGCCGAGCUGUAUCUCACUGUUGCCACGAUAUUCUCUAGGUUUGACUUCGAACUUUAUCAGACUACACGGCGUGACGUUGAGCUUGCGCAUGAUUUCUUUGUCGGAAUGCCUCCGCUAGAUUCGGAAGGGAUAAGAGCUCGCGUCUUCGAGCAAUUGUAA